AUGGCAGCUUUACUCUCCACUGUGGGUGUAGUGGUGCUGCUCAAGGCUCUUAUCCAGUGUGCAGCGUUUCUGGGGAUAACUGUGUUGGUAACAGUCAUCACAGCGGGAUCGCCUGUUGCAGAUGAGUCCCUUUUGGACUCACACACUAACCCAAUGGAUAUUCUUGGAGACAAUCCAGGUUCAACAAGGUUACCACUAGCCUUACCAGACUCCAACUAUACUGCCUUUAAGAACCCAGAGUCACCUGUUGCCCUGUCAUCCAUUUCUGAACCAAUCCCAGAAACUAGGACUGCAGACACAAAGCAUUUUCAUUGGAGUCAUAAUGCACAUGAAAACUUUAAAUCUAGAAUUCCAAGAGAUGCCCUUGCAGAGGAGCCACAUAUUCAGACAACUCUGAGCCCCAAUGAACCUCUUCUUAGAACUUUUCCACAAUUAGCGGAAUCAGCUUUACAAUCUGGGGCCUCCUUUUCUACAUCUACAAAUUUGAAGCAACUAACCCAAUCAAAUACAUCCCCAGGUCCUUCUAAUUUUACAGGCUUAACAUCUCAUCAAAGUCUUCAAUAUGAAGAAAGAGCAACUUCUACAAAGGUACAGGAUGAAACAUCACUGCAAACACAAGCAAUAAAGCUCUUAUCACCUGGUCAACCUCUACAACCUCCUAAGCUGUCUUUUUCUGAAGUUUUGACUAAUAAUUUUCAGAGUCAAAUAGUAGAUCCAAGCCAUUUCAGCUCUAAUCGAGAGGAGGUUAUGCUUCAUAAUUACCACGUGCCUUUCAUCACCUCCCACUCUACUUCAUCUUUACCUGAACCCACUGAGGUGCCUUCAGAGAACUUCUACCCCACCAACACCAUGGAUGUGGACUGGGGAUCUGGGGACUAUUUGGAAACAAUGUCUUUCUUCAGUCCAGAUAGUGGUGACUAUUCAGUGAUCACCAAAGUGUUCUCAGAUCCAUAUGAUUUGGAGGAAGACACAGAAAAGUAUGACACAUCAUUUCCUUCCAGAGUUGUCUUAUCACCUUCAUCUCUGCACCCUGUAAACAUCUCACCUACUCCAAGCCUCAUGACAGCAUACAACACAAUUGUUCCACCUAAAUCCAUUUAUCCAUCUACUGUCUCUACAGCAGCUGACUUUAUAACAAAGCCUACUCCCACAGCCAGUACUGAUGUAUCUGGCAUAUCAGACAUAGACUGGGGAGAUGUUACAAUUCAACCAACAGAUGUCCUUUUGCCUGAUAUGAACAGCUUAGAGUAUUACACCAAUCAGUUGACCAAGGAGAGCAAUGCUUCUGAAACUGUAGCUAUACAAAGAGAGAAUGUCAUUGAGAUAUACAAUAAUACUACAACUAUCACACCCACCACUGGCUUCACCAAUAAUCUGACUGAUGACGAAUCCUCUGGUGAUUUGUUAGGGCUUGAACCUUAUGAUGAAUCAACCACAGAAGCACCCACACAGGAGAGUCCUCAGGUGAUUAAUGCAUCUGAGCCUUUUCUUGAUCCUUCUUUAGUCCCAACUCGCAUUCUUGAUUCUACCUCUUCAACGUGGAUUAAUCAAGUGUCCACCACAGACUGGUCUGUGCACACUCUCACAGUAAACAUGAAAACUACAUUAGCUGAUGUUUUGGAGCCUAGUGCAACACCUUUGCUGCCAGAAGACUCGAUAUCUUCUGACUCUCUUACAGAUGUCCAUUGGUUUGUUACAGACUCUUUUCAAGAAAGCACUGUAAAUGUUACUACUGUCUUAUCUGCAACUAUUGCCUACUCUGCAGUUCCCACUGAACCUGGUACCAACCAAACCACUGUUACUACAGCAAUGACAUUUGAAGACUUAUUUGUAACUGAGCAACCUUUCAAUACCACUUCAGUUUCAAAUGAGUCCACAUCUCAUAAUGCCACCAUAGUCCCCUCAAUUAUGUUAGGUGAUCAGGGCAUGACGGAAGAUGGAGUUAACAUCUCAGCCACAACGACCUUGAUCCCAACAAGCAGUGAAGUUAAUACGGUCUCUGUUGAAACCCCAAGUCCAGCUGGCACCACUACUCAUCCUCAAACUACAACUGGAAUUACUCCCACAGUUGAAACCUCAACCAGUGUCAACAUCAUCUCUACUACCAGCGAAAAGAAGACAACAACAUCAAGACUGUACCUCUGCAAAGUGGACAGACCUGUUUAUUUAACAACGAUUGGUUUUCCCUCUGGAGUCACUGUCGGAUAUGCCAGAUCACAAGUCCGCAACAUACUGAAAGUGGAAUUCAACACGACAGUAGAGCUGCAGGUUGUGAGUCCCCCGCCGAAAUUUGUUUUCCGGGUGGUGUCGGGUCCAGUUGUAUACACAGCCAUAUCUGUCAUCAAUGCUCUGCAACAACCCAAUCAACGUUUCCUAUAUGUGGCUCCCAACUGGAUCAAACCAGACCAUAAACAUCAAAUCCACACAGUUCUGCAGUUUGUUCCUGGUCAUAUAGAUGUGCGUUACUGCACCUUCAGCGAGAGCAUUGAGAAAGGUUUGACUAAUGCCUUUGCAGAAGUGUGCCGACGCUCAAGAGAAUCAACCAACUUCACAGUGCACGUUAUAAACAUCACUAUGGCUACGUCCAAAUAUGAGCAACAGCUAAUAAGUCAGCCAGUGGACAUCACCUUUGCUGUCAGUGGUUCAAGGGGUUUUCUGCUGGGGUCAAACGUCAGCAAUGCUCUGAUAAAACUCACAGUGGUGGAAUUCAGCUUUUAUAUCGGCUUUCCUGUACUGCAGAUUGCUGAGCCUUUUCAUUACCCAGAGCUGAACACCAGUGAUUUGCUUCGCUCCUCUUGGGUUAGAACAGUUCUCCUGGGUGUACUGGACCAGAAGCUGAGUGAAAGGACCUUUCAGCCUAACAUUGAGCGUGGGAUUGCAACAUUACUUGGGGAGGCAAUGGGGCAAAUCAGGCGGAUUAAAAGAGCCACAACUGUUGGCAACAGCAGUGUCCAGGUUGUGAGUGCAAUUCGGAUGGAUGGUACAGACAACCCUUUAGAAAUAGUGUAUUUUGUGGAAGGUCAGAGUGGUGAGAGGAUGACUGCGGUUCAUACAGCCAACCUGCUGAACAACCUGGACAUUCAAAGAGCUGCCAUUAUCUUGGGAUAUCGUGUACAAGGCGUCUUGGCUCAGCCUGUGGAGAAGGUGGCAUCUUCGACCCCCGACACUGAGAACACCAACAUGUGGAUCAUCAUCGGGGUGGUGAUUCCCCUCCUCGUGGUCAUUAUCAUCAUUUCCAUCCUCUACUGGAAACUGUGUCGGACAGACAAGCUGGAGUUUCAGCCGGAUGCUAUGACCACCAUCCAGCAAAGGCAGAAGUUGCAGGCUCCCAGUGUGAAAGGCUUUGAUUUUGCCAAGCUCCAUCUUGGCCAGCAGAAUAAAGAUGAUGUCAUGGUGAUCCAGGAGCCCGUCCCGCCAGGGUCUGGCUCUGGUCCCCUCCCCACGUCUGCUAAAGAUGGUUUCAGUCCAACUGAAAACGGUGAGGCACCCACACCCAAAUCUAAAACCUCGGCCUCCUCCACCAAGGCGUCCCGUGGCGGUCGAAGGAGAGAAAGGAUCUCCCCAUCAGACGGUGACUCCGUGGUGAGUGACCACUCUAGCGAGCGGGAAUCGACCGAGGAGAACCUGAGAGCCCACGCCACGCCCAGCGACAGCAAGCAGACCCGCAAGAAUAGAAUUGGUCCUCCUCCUAUGAAUGGUUCUCUGAAUGAUCAGCAGUCAUCAGCUGCCAUCUUUGAGCAUGUUGAUCGAAUGUCUCGGGCCACAGACGCAAGCCGUAGACUCCCCAAUAAAGUGCAGCUAAUUGCCAUGCAGCCCAUGCCUAUCCCACCACUUCACGGUCCACCCAUCAAUGACAAACUGUCAGACACAAACCAGAUCAACAAAGAGAUACAGGCAGCGCUGAGGCACAAGUCAGAGAUUGAGCACCAUCGUAACAAGAUUCGUCUUCGUGCCAAGAGGAAGGGUCACUAUGAUUUUCCUGCAAUGGAUGACAUGAUUAAUGACCUCAGUGAUGCAAAGGACCAGGAUCACAUCUACCAAAAGGCCCAGAGUCAAAUCGACAAGAUCCUGGAUCCGGACGCCCAAGUGCCCCCUACCUUCAUGGAAUCCAAGAAAAGUAGUCGUGGGAGGCGCUCUCCAAAACAGAUACUGAGGGAUCAGCUGAACGGAGGCAUGAUGGAAGCAGACAAAGACCACCUCAUCAGUGAAGAAAGUGACGCCGUUUACAAAAAGUACCCAGGAGUUAACAAUGUGGCCUACGUGUCGGACCCAGACCAAGUCCCAGGAUCCCCUCAGAGGAGCCCUUCCCCCACAGACGAUGUCUUCAUCGGUCCUGCUUCCUCUCCUCCAGGCCAUGCCCCUCCCCCACCCCCCUACAUGCCUCCACAGCCCUCGAUUGAGGAGGCGCGGCAACAGAUGCACUCCCUGUUGGAUGACGCCUUUGCCCUCGUGUCACCCACCUCUCAGAGCAGCACAGCAGGGAUCACUCUACCAGGGGUCAACAGUAACCUCCACGGCUCCAGCCCUCCAGGCCAUGGCCCCAAAGCAUGGGCCCCCUCCUACCAAGCUCUGGGCCCUUUCCCAUCUAGAUUCACUGAGAUGUCCUCUGCUGCAGUUCAAGGCCUGACUCCAAGACAGGGCCUUGGCUCGAGCUUCCUGCCACCAGGAGAAACCGCAGGGCACGGCGAGCUGCUCCCGCCAGACAGCUUGUACUCGAGCAGGGGACUCUACGCUGACGACUUACCCUCGUCUGCCAGACCGCGUCCAGUGGGCGGGGCUACAGGUGGCCAGCUCCAUCAUCUCACUCAGAUUGGCUUGUCCAGCCGAAUGAACGGUUACCCAGCAGGAAUCAGGGCUGCUCCAGGCCAGAAUGGGGGUUCAGGCUGGAACCAUUACCAUGACAAUUUCUCCAGAGCAGAAGUAGAGAAAGAUAUAAUGCUCAGAGGUGGAACCCGGGAGCCCACAGCCCCUCCUGCUCACGUAGACACUUCAGGGGUGGCCUAUCUGACAGCUCAGCAACCCCUCGACACGUCUCCUCCCACACACUCCUCUGCGUCCUUGAUCAAGGCCAUCAGAGAGGAGCUGUUGCGUCUGUCCCAGAAACAGGCGGCUGUCUCCAGCUACCACAGCUGAAGCCCCAGCUUCAAGCCUUCGGCUC